CUCGACUUUCGAUGCGACUCGACUCUUGCUGAGUGUAAAUAAAUGAGGCCGGCCAGGAGGCAGAAAGCGUUGUCUCAGGCCCUUUUCCUCGCUUGACUGACGGUUUUGCAUUCGGGGCACUGAACUAGGGUUGCCACGUAGUUGACUCGGAGGUUCAGUCGACAGCCCCAGCAGCGCACGACGUGCUCUCCUUCUGCAGUUUGAGUAUUUCGUACAAUUUCUCCUUGUGAUAAUUCAGGCAGUGAUUGUGCCUUUGUGUGCUGCUCUUCCAAAAAGGUCAUGUAGUUGUCACUGAUACAGGCACUACUGCUGCCAUUUGUGAAUCCGUAGCCACCUUUUUGUGAGAGGGGUAUUGACGGCGGAGCAGAGAAUCCACCGACGCCGGAGUGGCUGUGGCUGUUGCCAUUAUGAUUGGAAUUCAGAGAGGACAGAACAUGCUGUGGCGGGGGAAGACCGAGUUUUGGCUUUUUGCCUCCCCCGUAGAGUUCUUUCUUGUCUUUGUUUUCAUUCCCUUGUACUUUUCGUCUCUUUUCAUAAUCUGCCAUAUCAAACCCCGUGUUGGCUUUGACACGUAGUGUAGCUUCGUGCUGGGCCAUGAUCCGAUAUUGUUCCAAAACUUCUUCAUCAUCAAACCCAGCCUCUAGUGCUUCAUCUUCUUUCAGGGCAGCAUCAAUGGCAUUCAUAUCAAAGCCAAUGGCACCACCACCACCACUUGCUGCACCUGACGAUCGUAGCAUGGACUGCCGCAGCCAAUUUUCUUCCGCAUUCCGUGGUGGUGCCGCCGCAACAGCUACGGGACUGGAGAGUUUCCCAGCAGCUCCACCACCAGCACUGGCCAGAGAUGCAGCAGCACUGCUCAAGGAGUCUCCAGAUCGUGUGGCUUCGAUCCCUCUCUGCGAGGGCGCACUCAUCAUGGAGGGUCUUUUCGCUAUUGAGAGGUUCCGACGUGAUGCCAGUCGACCCAGAGGCCGAGAUCUCGGUACUGGUACCGAGUCAUCUAAUUGUGCUUCUUCGCCAUUCUCUCCUUCCCCCGACGAGAAGAAGCUCCGUGCAAAGGAGCUCUUACGGUCCAUGCCUCUGCCGGGACCUCUUCCAGGGACUCUUCUGCCACUCAUGGUUGUUGUUGUUUGUUUCUGCGUAUGAUGAGGAUGCUGUAUCGUUGGUUGUUCGGUCUUGUCUUGCCAAAAGAGGAUUGAUAAAGACCAUUAAGGAAAGGGUUCCGAGGGCUGGGAAAUGUGUAUUGCGUUUUGACCGCAGAGAGAAACCAGCGCCUUGCUUUCAGCUUGCUGCGUCCUCUACCAAAUGGCGAUGAAAAUCUAGUCACAACUGUAGCGGUCGUUGUUGUCGCCUCAUGAACGGACUCUUAGGAACCAAUAGCUAGCUACGGUAGACCUGGCUUUCGGCUCGACUGGAUCCUGUGUUAGCUGGAUCGACUUGUUGUUUCGGUGCGGUAGAGGAAACAAGCAGUGAUAAACCAGACGCUGGCUGUUGCCGCACAGUGACUGUCUGUUGGUUCUACUGAUCGACUUGGCUAAGGGAAGAGGCGUGUGGUCUCGACCUCUAUCUCGUCAUGGACAUGGUCGUGUUUGUUGGCUCUCGAUCUCAGCCGAAAACAAGGGUUCCCCGUUGGUUCUUGAAGGAACCAACUGGGGGUGCCCCCCUUUUCAAUGUUGUGCGGUCAUCAUCCGGUCUUUUGGUUUAGGAGCGACGUGCAGACGGUUGGCAUUGUCAUCUUUGGGGAGGACGGAAGCUACACGAUAUGCUUGCUGGCACUACUGUACCAGUACUCUAGCCAGGGAGAAGACAGCAUUCAAAGGCAGAAUUGCCUCUCCAAACCUGGUACUCUUUUACUACGGUAUAUUUCAGCUAUCGUACUAUCGGUAGUUCUAUUCCUCGUCGCUGCGAUUAGCAUCCCUUAGCUCUAGAGGAUGCUGAAGAUGACACCGAAGUUGCAAGCCAACUUCAUGCAAACUGUACUUGGUUUGGAGUUGGCCGGUAUAGCUAUUUGUCCCUGUACAUGGACCAGUGUUUGGUACAUAUUCACUGCAGAAAGCUGCGCCGUACACGGUACACUACGGUACAAUUGUUUGCACGGCUGACGCAACUUGUCUCUAGCAACGAAAUUGGCUGGUGAUCCAGACAUCCUUCCGAUCCAGCAGUGUGGAAGCACCUAACCCGAUGGCCCACCUCCAUUUUGACGGCACGACACUGACAGAAUCCGAUGACAUCUUGCUGGUCUGAAAACCGACCUGGUAUGGUGGGAUUGUGCAUCCACCGUUUUUUAAUCUGUUACGCAGCUUAGCUGGUUUGCAUUCAGGCUUUGGAUUUGGAUCCUUGUGCUUCGGCCACCGUUCCCAGCGGUACCGGUACCAGUACCAGUACCACUACGUACACGUAGUCCACCCAAUGCAUGUUGCAUGUGCCAAUGGCUUUUGUGUUGGUUGGCUUGGAAGACAACCCCCGGACGAAUAGUUUCGGCACCACAAUGUCUCUGGUGUUCUAGCUACCAGGUACCGGUAGGUUACUAUUCCUAACUAUGGGGUACCGAAGUUCCAUGAUGCAUUGGAUUGGUCAACUUUGCAGUCCAAAGCCCUUCGGAUAGCUCGAAGGCCCGGAUAGCAAAAAGGAACACUCUCCAUGGGGAAUGGAGAAUCUUUUGCAAGUGACCUUGAGAUCGAAUCCCUGCUUAUGCUCAUAGCAUCCACGCCUGAUGGAGCAACGAAUCCAGCACAUUUUGCAUCUUACGAUCUGAUCAGCUCUCAUCUUGCUUCUUAGAGUACGGAACAUCUUUCGACCCAUCAAUUGGCUCUACUUUUCUCCGGUCCGUUUGGUGUUGAGGUUCUUCAAUCAUGCAACAGAUCGACAUAGUUUCUGCAGUUCCAACAAGGACCAAGUCCUUUGCGGUAUCUGCAGUGUGGAUUCUCAUGUUACUCGUCGUCGUCCGCGUGUCGACGAAUUCUUCAGUAUCUCUGGGAUUUGAUGAUGAUAAGCAAAAGAGACGAGUGAGCAGAACAGAAGGAACCUUUUGGAAAAAGAAGCAGCUCCUUGUCAAUGGUGGGGUCGAUGAUGACCUUCCCUUUGACGACGACUUCACUCUGGAUGGAGUGGAGCAAGACAAUCCCGCCAAUGAUCGUCUUGUCGACGACAACGGAGCUCCAGAGCCAUCUUCUGUGCAAACCUCUGAUCCACCGAUCCUUGAGGCGGGUGAUCGAAGUGUCCUCCAUGAGCCGGCUCCCCUAAUGACGAUGGAACCAAGAAGUACCGAAGUUCGCGAGGGAAAUUCCAACAACGCUGUUGUCGUGAUUCCGCGAAUGGACAGGAAGAUAGCGCUUGUGCACGUCGGAAAAACUGGAGGGAACACGGUCCGAGCUGCAUUCCCAAGACUUGCGUGCUGCCGCGAAAGGACAGCCCGACAGAUGAAUCGGUGUUAUGACGAAAGCUUUCGCAAAGAAUCUCCGAUCUCCAACCAGUUUGAUGCGGAACUUCACAUGUUUCUUGGCAACACGACUUUUUUGAAGUCAUAUACCACUUUCGUGUGGACCAUGAGGAAUCCUGUCUCAAGGGCAAUAUCGUCGUACAAAUAUCUGCAUCACAACAAUACGAAAAGCCAGGCAUCCAGAUCCACGCACCCGUUGAAGCAGCAAUUCUACAAGUUAUGCUUCCCGACACUGCCUGACCUUUGGAAGACGGCGGAUGAAAUCUUUCAGCCAGAUACCAAGGAAUUGAAACCGGGGGAGCUCCAAACGUAUUGUCAGCAAAUGCUUAUGACGGUGAUGAAGGGGCAGGACCCAAAUGUAUGGCAGAUCAAUAUGCACCUCAGGGAUAACUACAAGUUCUAUUACUCCAAGACCAUGGAGCAAUAUCCUGGAAAGGAAAUCAUGGUGUUUCGAACAGACCACAUGUGGGAUGAUAUCAAGGCGUUGGACAGGGCAACAGGGGGCCGUGGGGCCAAUGACGAAGACGGUCGAGUUUCCAACAAAAACAUUGUAGUUUCAAACGGAGCAAGCCCAUCAAAGGCGCAGUUCCAGGCCAUGUGCUGCUUGCUCUGGGAAGACAUAGUAAUCUACCAAGAAUUGAUAAGUAUUGCCGUGAAUCUUGAUUUUGCGAGCAAGCUGGAGGCCAUGCAAGAUGUUUGGACAACUUGUGGAAUUGACAGUUCAUCACUGGACCAGUUCAAGCCUGAAGUGGGGACGCAGCAAGCCGCGCAGUACAGUGUCUUUGGCUUCUCGUGGUCAAGUUGGCACGAACAGACUUGCCCACCCUUGCCAUUGAAAAGCGAUUUCAAAUUCAACUGGACAUUAUCAGUAGAGAAUACCGAGCCGACCCCAGAUUCUAAACGGAAUGCCCCACUGGACGAAGCUCUCAAAGCGUAUCCACUUACCUCCAAGGAAACCAUUUGGGACAUGAAACGAAAGAUUGCUUUUGCGAACGUUGGCCAGGCUGGCGGGAACGACGUGCGAAUGGCAUUCCCUCGAAUGUGGUGUAAACGAAAAAGUGAAGACCUCGACGAGAUCCGUAGCUGCGUUGACAAGACCUACAGGAAGGACUCGCCUAUAUCCAAUGCCUUUGAUCUCGAGCUUCACAUGAGUCUUGGUUCUCCGAACAAGUUGCAGAGUCACACUACAUUUGCCUUUACCAUGCGCAAUCCAAUCUGGCGAUCCAUUGCUGCCUAUCAAUACCUUCAUCACAACAACACCAGCAGUCAAUUGGCCCAAUCAACCCAUCCACUGAAAGAAACCUUUUACAAGCAGUGCUUCCCUACACUUGUCAUUCUACUCGACACGAUUGAUGGAAUUUACAAGCGAGCACGAGUUGGUAAAGAUGAAGAACCACCCGCUUUGGAGUAUUGCGAAGAACUCGCCAUUACCGUAUUCAAAGGAGCCAACAUCCAAGUGGGCUCAAUCAACGCCCAUUUGAGAGACAAUUACCAAUACUACUAUCAACACACUGCCAUGAACUAUCCAGAGAAGGAGAUCAUGGCAUUCCGUGCAGACCACAUUUGGGAUGACUUGGAGAAUCUGGACAAAGCCACGGGUGGACCAGGGGUACUAUUCGAGCACGACGUUGCAACUAAGGAUGCCAAGGCCACCAAACAACCUCGACACCGCAGCCUUUGUUGCGUGCUUUGGGAAGAGCUUGAAACGUAUCAGACCAUUUUGAACAGAGCUACCAACCUGGAUGGACUGAGCAAAGCCGAGAGUAUGCGGGAUGUUUGGGAAACGUGUGGUAUUGGCGGCUUUGACCAAUUCAAUGACAAAGUUGAUGAAAACGCGACAAGAGGAAAGUUUGAUCCUCCAGUAUUGUUCACGUUUUCGUGGAAAAGGUGGCAUGCCAAGUCCUGUCCUGUAGUGGGGCUCAGUGCUGAUUUUGUGCUUUAGGGCACUUGUGGGUACGGUCUGGAACUAACUACCGGUAGCUAGCUUCGCCAGGAUACAAGGCAUCACUUCGAUCGGUUGCCCCCACAUGUACGGUACCGUAGCACAUUCAAUUACCAUUGCCGUCUUUGUCUACUGAUCAAGUUUCUUGGAUUUAGUUUAGAACUCACCCUUGAGAGGCAUGAAUUGUGCUUUGAAUCUCCAAUAAGAUUAGUUUCAUUCAGUGUGCGGAGCCCACCUUUAACCUUAUGAUGAUGGAGGGAAGAAGCCCUGAACGUGCCGGUAUCGCUGCUCGGUGCUGCAGUUUAAAAACUGCCAUGGUUUGCUGUAAUGUGCAUCACCUGAUGCGACUCUAGCUACCGGUAGGAGGGCAGCACCACCUGCAGAUCUUCCUUUCCUGCUGUUUCUUAGAUCCGUUC